CCUGCCUGCAGGCAGCCAGACCUGUCCUUUUCUGGAUCCUUGACCCCUUUUUUUCCCACAGGUGACAGCACUGACUGCAAUGCUGUCUGGUAGAUGGUGGCCAGGUCCCUUGGGGAGCCUAGGGUUGGGGCCCCGAAACCCUUCUCGGGGAUCCCAGCUCUGUGCCCUCUAUGCCUUCACUUACACCGGAGCAGAUGGUCGCCAGGUAUCUCUGGCUGAAGGGGACAGAUUCGUGCUGCUUCGAAAGACCAACUCAGACUGGUGGCUGGCAAGGCGCCUAGGAGCCCCCUCCACUUCUCGCCCCAUCUUUGUCCCAGCGGCCUACAUGACAGAGGAAUCUCUCUCUUCUCAGAACCCACCUGCCAUCACCCCUAGCCAGUCUCUCUGCACUCCUGGACCCAAGUUGCUCCCAGGCUCCCUGGAGGAGCUGCAUCUGUCUCUGUCCUCCACUGGUGGGACCCAGGCUACUUCUGAGCUGCCUCCUCCUCUUCCCCCCAAAAUGUGCAGAAGUGUCAGUGUCACAGACUUGGAGUCCACCCUCCUGCAGCCCUUGCAGGAAGGACAGAGUGGGAGAUCCCUCUCCCAAGAAGACUUGCUGACAGAGGCCAACACCAGGAUGGCAGGACCCCAGCCCCUCAUGUCAGAGCCCCCAGUGUACUGUAACCUUUUGGACCUUCGCCGCUGUCCUCCACCCUCACCCCCCAGCCCUGCAUGCCCCCCAUUGCAGAGGCUGGACGCCUGGGAGCAGCACCUGGACCCCAACUCUGGACGCUGCUUUUAUGUGAAUUCACUGACUGGCUGCAAGUCCUGGAAGCCCCCACGCCUGGCACGCCUCAGGGAAACGAACCCUGGCUUCAUGGAGGAGACACAGAGCCUGCAACCGCAGGCGCCAGACACAGGCUCUAACAUGGGGACCCCAGAUCUGAACAACUCAAAGGGUGUCCCCAGCCCCAGCUCGCACACCUCGAACUCCAAGCAGCCUUCUGCCCUGCAGUCCCCUAGACCUCUGCCACAAGUGCUGGAGGACCCUCACGAAGUGGAAAAGUCAGGCACUCUCAACAUGACCAAAAUCGCCCAGGGUGGGCGCAAGCUCAGGAAGAACUGGGGCCCUUCCUGGGUGGUUCUAGCCGGCAAUAGCCUGGUGUUCUACAGAGAGCCACCACCAGCUGGGCCUGGACCCUCCUCCAUCUGGGGACCAGCGGGCAGCCGGCCGGAAAGCAGCGUGGACCUGCGCGGGGCAGCCUUGGCCCACGGCCGUCACCUGUCCAGCCGCCGCAAUGUCCUGCAUAUCCGCACGGUCCCCGGCCACGAGUUCCUGCUGCAGUCGGACCAAGAGGCGGAGCUGCGCGCCUGGCACCGCGCGCUGCGGACGGUCAUCGAGCGCCUGGACCGGGAGAACCCUUUGGAGCUGCGGCUGUCAGGCUCGGGGCCCGCGGAGCUGGGAGAGCUGAGCGCUGGGGAAGAGGAGGAGGAGGAGGAGGAAGAGCCGGUGUCCAGGCCCCUGCUGCGGCUGGGCGGCCUCCGGAGCUCCAGUCGGAGUCCAGAAGGCGCAGACCAGAACCGUGUGCGGAACAAACUCAAGCGGCUCAUCGCCAAGAGGCCCCCCUUACAGAGCCUGCAGGAGAGGGGACUGCUACGAGACCAGGUGUUCGGCUGUCAGCUGGAAUCACUGUGCCAUCGGGAGGGGGACACCGUGCCUAACUUUGUGCGACUCUGCAUUGCUGCUGUGGAUAAAAGAGGUUUAGAUGUGGAUGGCAUUUACCGGGUGAGUGGGAACUUGGCAGUGGUCCAGAAACUUCGCUUCUUAGUGGACAGAGAGCGGGCCAUCACCUCUGAUGGGAGGUACAUGUUCCCAGAACAGCCAGGACAAGAAGGUAGAUUAGAUUUGGACAGUGCGGAGUGGGAUGACAUCCAUGUGGUCACUGGAGCGCUGAAGCUUUUUCUUAGGGAACUUCCCCAGCCUCUGGUGCCCCCACUACUGCUGCCCAACUUCCGUGCUGCCCUAGCACUUUCCGAGUCUGAACAACGCCUCUCUCAAAUCCAGGAGUUAGUGGGCUCCAUGCCCAAGCCCAACCAUGACACUCUGCGGUUCCUCCUGGAGCAUUUGUGCAGGGUGAUAGCCCACUCGGAUAAGAACCGCAUGACCCCCCACAACCUGGGCAUUGUGUUUGGACCCACCCUGUUCCGGCCAGAGCAGGAGACAUCUGACCCAGCCGCCCACGCUCUGUACCCAGGGCAGCUAGUCCAGCUAAUGCUCAUGGACUUCUCCAGCCUCUUCUCUUGACUGGGCCAAGGGGUUGGGAGUGGGGGAGGGGCUGUGUCUCCUUUUCUGUUGGGUGCCCUGUGAUGUCAGUUUAGGGGGAGGCCUAUUUUCAGGAAAUCGCUUUAAAUCCUGUUUCCCAGA